CCCUGUUCCUGGGUCAGGAUGGUGAACGUGGUGAACUGUACCGUUCAGGCUUUCUGACCUCAUGUUAAUCGGCGCGAGAUUAUUGGUCGACGCGGUGCUCUAUGGAUCCUGAAUGCUAGCGUUAAAAUUACAACAGUUCUCCCCAUCUUCAAUGUUUUUUAUCGGACUUCUCAGUACUGCCCUUACUCUCGCGACUCUUCCAAGCGCGAACGCUGUUCCUCACAACAAUAAGCGUUUUGCAUGCGCUGAUGGAGUGCACACUACGUCCAAUGAAGUGUGCUGUCAAUUGUUCCCUCUCGUUGAUCAGUUACAGUCGGAUUUGUUUGACGGAGGGGAAUGUGGUGAAGAGGCUCAUGAAUCUCUGCGUUUGACUUUUCAUGAUGCCAUUGGGUUUUCUCCGACCAAAGGGGGAGGCGGCGCGGACGGUUCCAUUAUAGCGUUUUCUGACAUCGAAACUGCAUUUCAUGCCAAUGGUGGUAUUGAUGAUAUUGUGGAUGCUCAAAAGUCGUUUAUGGCUUCUCACAAUGUCACCAUAAACCCCGGAGACUUUAUUCAACUUGCAGGUGCAGUAGGAGUAAGCAAUUGUCCUGGUGCUCCCCAACUCGAGUUUCUUUUUGGACGACCUCCUCCUGUGGCUGCGUCCCCUGACCUCCUGAUUCCUGAGCCUUUCGACACUGUCGAUUCGAUCCUUGCCAGGUUUUCUGAGGCUGGUUUCAAUGCUUCUGAAGUGGUUGCUCUUUUGGGAUCUCAUACUGUCGCUGCAGCUGACACCAUUGAUACCACAAUUCCUGGAACUCCUUUCGACUCGACUCCUGGUUUAUUUGAUACCCAGGUGUUUAUUGAGGUGCAGAUGAGAGGUAUUCUGUUCCCCGGAACCGGAGGUAAUCAAGGCGAAGUUGAAUCUCCAGUGCCGGGAGAAAUACGUUUACAAUCAGACUCCGAGCUGGCUAGAGAUUCCCGCACUGCUUGCGAUUGGCAGUCUUUCGCUAAUAACCAGGCUGGCUUCCAAAACGCGUUUAGAGCUGCAAUGCAAAAGAUGGCGAUCAUUGGCCAUGAUAGAGACGCCCUCGUCGACUGUUCGGACGUUAUUCCCGUCCCGAAACCACUUCCGGCCAGUGCUGGACCUCACCUGCUACCUGACACUACUCACGGCGAUAUUGAACAGGCUUGCGCUACUGCUCCGUUCCCUGUUCUUACUGCUCUUCCGGGACCCGCUACAUCUGUUGCUCCAGUCCCACCAUCGUGAUCCUUGAAUUGGAAGGGAUCAAUAUCAAUUUUAGAGUCCUUUUUCUUCUUCUUUGGGCACAUAUUUCUCUGGUCGUCGCUUUCGUUUUUUGUAUUUGUUUCUCGGUCCAUUCUCGAAAAGUUAUGGAGGUAAGCAGGAGAUAUAGGUUUAGAAAUGAUUGAAGUCUGUGUUUUUUUUGUAAAUAGCAAGCUCUUAAAGCUUGUGAUUUGUAUCGACUGCUUUUUGUGU